GUUGGCAAAUAGCAAUGCCUGAAGAGAGUGCUCUCCUAGACCCUGACUGAGCUGCUGGAUUGUGUUUGCUGCGAGAGGAGAGCUGGGGAGGACAACGGAAUUGGUGAUUAAAAUUAAAGGGAAACAUGAACCAUGGAGCUGAGGUGAAUUCUCGAAACUCCAGCAAGAACAAAGGGUGUAAGAUGUCAGCGCUGCAGAAACUGGAGAGUCUGGCGGGGCGGAUCUUUUACUGGGGGGCACGGAGUGAUGCGGGUGCGCCUGACUGCGGAGUGGCUGCCUAUGAAUCGGAGCACACUGCUGCCUGGAAUGAGCAGAUGAAGGAGUUUCUUGCCAAAGCCAAAGAAGAGUUCCUCAAGAAAUGGGAGAACCCAGCUCAGAACACGUCCAGCCUGGAACACUUCGACCGGCUCAAGACCCUGGGUACAGGCUCUUUCGGGCGGGUGAUGCUUGUGAAGCACAAGGAUUCCGGGAAUUACUUUGCCAUGAAAAUCCUUGACAAGCAGAAAGUUGUGAAGCUGAAGCAGAUCGAGCACACCCUCAAUGAAAAGCGCAUACUCCAGGCUGUGAACUUCCCAUUCCUUGUCAGACUAGAGUAUUCUUUCAAGGAUAACUCGAAUCUGUACAUGGUGAUGGAAUACAUCCCAGGUGGCGAGAUGUUCUCCCACCUACGACGGAUUGGCAGGUUCAGUGAACCUCAUGCCCGGUUCUAUGCGGCUCAGAUUGUGCUGACUUUUGAGUACCUGCACUCACUAGAUCUCAUCUAUCGCGACUUGAAGCCUGAGAACCUCCUCAUCGACCAGCAGGGCUACAUUGAGGUGACAGAUUUUGGCUUUGCCAAACGAGUGAAAGGCCGAACAUGGACUCUCUGUGGGACUCCAGAAUAUCUGGCUCCUGAAAUCAUUCUGAGCAAGGGAUAUAACAAAGCUGUGGACUGGUGGGCCCUGGGUGUCCUCAUCUACGAGAUGGCAGCUGGCUACCCUCCAUUCUUCGCAGACCAGCCCAUUCAGAUCUAUGAGAAAAUUGUCUCUGGGAAGGUUCGUUUCCCAUCUCACUUCAGCUCAGACCUGAAAGACCUGUUGCGUAACCUGCUCCAGGUAGACCUCACCAAACGCUUUGGCAACCUUAAAAACGGAGUCAACGACAUCAAGAACCACAAGUGGUUUGCUACCACUGAUUGGAUUGCUAUCUACCAGCGGAAGGUGGAAGCUCCCUUUAUACCAAAGUGCAAAGGCCCCGGCGACACAAGUAACUUUGACGACUAUGAGGAAGAGGAGAUCCGGGUGUCCAUCACUGAGAAGUGCGCCAAGGAGUUUUCAGAAUUUUAGGGCCAGCCCCACCCCACCCUUGCUUUGCGUGCCCAGGAAAAGGAAGGGCUGGAUUUGAUCAGCCCCAAGGGCCACAGUUCCUUGCCUAUAUGUUAAUUUGGGGAGGUGGGAGAGUGUUGGGGUUCACCUGGAUCUGUUUGGGCAGAAGAGAGCAAAAGGGGGAGUUCAUUUUGAAGCUGGGGAAAAGGCAGUAGUCCGAGUGCCAUCUCUCCACCUCCCACCGCAAGCUACAAGGUGGCUCCCAGCCACUCUCAGGCAGGUUUUAAACAAAUUCCCUUCCUCCUCACACUGACUCCAACCCGUACACAAACCCUAAUCGGACAGUCCCUGGUUUAUUGGUGGCUUUUUUUUUUCUUUUUUGGAGGGGAAAGGGCAUAUUUUGCAAUUUAUCACCACCUAUAAAGGUUUGGUUCAUGGGGCAUUGCAAAGAAUUCUGGAAGCAGGGAGAGCAAGAAGUAAACACAUCCACACAGCACUUUGGUGUUUAGACCAGCACUGAAUGGGUUAAUGGCCCAACCUUCUCACCUCCCCCAGUGGGACAGCGCCUGUCCUUUUAUCAAUACCCCCCUCCAGGCUCCUUUUAUUAACUUUAAAGAAAAAGUUUAAAGAAAUAGUUGACUGGCUUAAAAGAAAAGGUUUUUAACAGUCUAGGUGGGGCAGUGCUUUUAUAUGCUCUGUUUCCAGCACAGUUAAAUGAAAUUCAGCAGGAAUUUUAACUCUGUAAAAACAGCUGAGUUUUAGCAUGAAGAAUUUGUGUUUGUUUUUUUGUGGAUAGAAAGACACUUUAUUUCCAAUCUUUGUCCCCUGUUUUUUGGGAAAGAGGGAUAAUAUGUACACCUGCAGGAGGGGGGGCAGUGACUGGUUGCCAGCUGGGGCAAGAGUCAUAAGAGAAAGAACCCUGUCUGAAUUUGUCCGUCUUAAAUGUGCAUACAUCUUUUCUCUUGCCUUUCACCCUCCCGGGUCAUCCAAAACGCCUCUUAAGAUCAGCUUCUGCUUCAGGCAACCCUUGAAGUAUUUGCUUGAAUGGAAGAGAAACAAGCAAGAAUCUAAUCCACCCUGUGAAACAUCGAAAUCCAGCCAGUUGCCACUGUUCAAAGAGGCUUUUACCUCUUGGUGGUAGCAAUCACGAUGGGGCAAAGUACAUGUAGAAUGGAGGGUUGCUAGUGAGGUGCAUUGGCUGCAUAUGAUCCAGCCCAAAUCUCAACGUCUGUUUUUGUAACACAAGGGUGUUUCCAGCCCAUUGACGGAAACUCCACUACCGCAGUCCUUAUGGGCUCCAUCCACCUGCUCUGUGUUUAUGCUAAAAUGUCAAGGAGUGGCUGGAAAUCCAGUCCCGGUGUAAAGGGGGUGAGGUUUAGAAACGGAAGUGCUGGACAGACCCAUCUACUCGGGCAAGUCAGUGCAGUGCUGACGAGAUGGCCCAUUUCAAUCUACAGUUCUGGUUGGAAAUGAGAGGUGGCAUCUGCUCAGUCUUUUCUCUGAGACAUGGAUGCAGAGGGAGCUGUGACUCCAAAGGGCGCUGAGGGGAGGGCGGCUUGUUUUGCCUCCCCUAAAUUGUUCUGACUCUUCCCCUCUCCUUUCCAGUGCAAUGCCUCUUUGUGUUCCGUCUUCACCUACACCCCCACUCCCACUCCAAACACACCCUUUCUAUACUCACCAGUUUAGUUUCUUCUGUUCUCUUUCCAUGGCUGGGGAGCAGAGCAGGCUUCUUUAGACUGAUAGAUGAAUUAUAUAACACGUACAGAAGUGCUGUCAGGAGCAGACAAGCUUUGCUUGCCCCUCCAAGUCCUCAUCAUUCUCUUCCCACCAAAAGACUCAUCAGCCCCCUCCAUGUUGGGUUGGGAAGAGGGGGAGUAAAAUACCUACCCACUCCCUGCCUUGUGUGUGGGGGGGAAACAAACACUUCUAUGUAAUCCAACAAAACUUGUUUCACUGAGAAAACAAACAAACCCUACUUCCUCUUUAACAGUGUGCUUUGUUGUAAACAUAUUUGAAACUAUUACCAAUAAAGUUUUGUUUAAAAAAAAAAAGAAGAAUUU